AGUUCGAAGAUCGAACAGGCCCUCUCAAAGCGAUAACGAUACCUGCCCGUGACAAAUUUUUAGUACUGCGACUCAACGGUGUAGACAAUAGUAGAUUCGGAUACUUGCACGUGCAAACGUACCACGUUUGCCCCCAACCAAGUUGUCUUUGGAGAUCAUGAUGCAGUUUAUGCAGCAUGCCAUCGUCGUUCGAUGUAGAUCGCCUUUUCUUCAUCUCAUUCUAUUGAGUCUUUUCACAGCGUUUAAUUUCUCAGGCGUUUUACAAAAGAGUUAUUUCCCUAGACAAGUUUCAGCUCUUUCGACAGGUGGUGCGUCACCAGCACCAGGGGAUGACAGGCGUGAAGCUCCUAGUUCGUCUACGCACCACAAGUUUUUAGAAAGAAGAGACCACCAGCAGGUGGCAGAGCGGCAUAGAAAUGAGGACGGAGUGCUGGACCACCUGGGAGAGGAGGCUGUGUUAGCACACCACUCGGAGGCUGCUGCAGGGGGUGAGCUGCCUACACCUCCUGGAGUUGCUCCGCUUGCGCAACAAGUGGAAAGCGACCGCUUCUACUCAGAAGUGAAGGAUCUAGACGAGGCUGUGAAGAGGAACACGCAGUCAGACUCAGAUGCACAAACAGAGCAAUCAAACAACUCGUUUUUGCAGCCACGUCGAAGAAUACUAGGUGUAGGUGAUGAUGGUGGUCACAACGACGGUCGUCGUGCGGCACAGCAGCAUCAAGUUGCUGUUGAACACAUAGCACGGGAACACGAUCAGUCACAUUUGACGCAUGACGACGUCGAUGACGGUAGCGAAGUAGGCAUGAAAGCAGCUGGAGAGCGGAAUCAGGACGAGCAUACCGAACACAUACACAAGAACGCGGAAAUGGUCCUCUCUCCUGACGGCGAAAGUUCUUUCGUGGUCCAAGCUGAUGUUGAGGCUGCAGGAGCUGCUGAAAAAGUGUCCGUACAAGUAGAGGUGGGCGAGAUGAAGCAAGAGGAAGAGCUGCAAGAGAUUGCGCGCGAGAAGGUGAUGGGCAUGGGCCAUGACGACGAUAUAAUUCCUCGCAACAAGCACGACACGAAAUUUGUCCCCGCCCUGCUGCAGGAAAAGAUGGAAGAGCAAAUAGAGGAAAACUUUCACUCGAGGCCAGGGAGAAAUCCAGGAUCACCACGACGAGAAAGCGCGGCUGCUGCGCCCCCUACUUCCCUCGAGGAGCGCCUGCUGAGACUGGAGCAACAGCAAACCGAUUUGCAAGAGGAAAACAAAAGAUUAAAAGAACAGCUGGAACAUUUCCGGAAAACCGCUGAAACCCGUGAUGCCUUCUACCUCGAGGCCCUGCAGCGGAUUCGAUAUUGCGGCGGCGUCACGAUGUCGUUGAUUCGAUUCUUAUAUCCUUUGCAAAAGCAUCGUACUCGUACUAAUUGCGUUCGUGUUGUUGUUCGUGCAUGACAGAUAUCUGUGUCUACCUUUUUCAGCAUGACAAAUCCCAUUUUUGCUCUUGGCAAAAUUUGUCAUGCGAUUACUAUAUAUUAUAUUCAUGCGAAAAAAGAGGUAGACAGAGGGUAAACAAGAGGUGGCCGAGAGGUCAAAAAGAGGUCAAAAGAGGUAAAAAAGAGGUCGACAGAGGUGGAGAGGUGGCGCGGGACCCCUUUCGAGAGGGUCGGCGAGAGGGUGCGCGAGUAUAGCCCGCCGAAGGACCCACCUUAAGGCGGCGCCUAAGUGCCUCAGAGGGUGCAGAGAGGUCAAAAAGAGGGGGCGCGAGAGGUCGACAGAGGGCGAGGGAGGUGGCGCGAAUAAGGGCCAACCUCUCGCGCACCCUCUCGGCCACCUCUGGGCCACCUCUGUCGACCUCUACCCGCGAGUAUAGCCGGAUUAUUAGCGGGGACCCCCAAAAGAGGUAAAAAAGAGGGUCUGCGAGAGGGUAAAGACACAAAGUGGCGGGCGCGAAUCCGCAUGGUAUUCCCCAUAUUUAGCAUUGCAGGCCCUUCGCGGACUUGUUUUGUUCGGCGCCAGCCCCCGCCACCCUCUCGCGCCACCCUCUCGCGCCACCCUCUCGCGCACCCUCUCGCGCCCCCCUCCCACACUGAAGUCAUUGAAAAAGCGGCGCCGGGGAAUGGGGUGGGGCGGGCCGGUUCUUGGUUCGUCUUGAUUAACGAAAGGCAUGCGUAGCGGACUGGUGUGGCAUCUAGGUGCCUCCUGUUCUGCCCCAAUGCUAGUGGUAGCUCCUCCCUGCGCAGAGCGCCCUUAGGCGCGGGAAGCGCGCAGACGGUGCUGAGGGGGCCUAAGUAUGCAUGUCGUUGUGGUCCGGUCCGCAAGCAGUUCAAACCCGGCCAAACAGCCGCGCGCUCCGGCGGUAGCCGGAGCAUGGCUGGUUUAUACUAGUGCGAUACUUUUGCAAUGCAUAUCUUACUUGCGAUCUUCUUCGGCGAAACCCGGACCAGCCAAGUCUUAUCUUUCGAGCUGUGUGUCGGCGGGUACCUGGCGAUUUUACUGGGCACGCUGCUCGCGUGGAAAAAAGUAUUUUUCCCGGGAAAAGCGAAGCCGAGGACGCACAUGAUUUACGUGACCAGGGACAGCCGGGAUAGAGAGGAUCGGGAGCGCCGGCUUGCAGCUCUUGCCGCUGGUGGGGCGCCGGGGGGUGAAGCAGGAAGUACGACCAUGUUGGGAGGAGAUGAUGCUGGAGAUGCACGCGGCACAGCUACUUCCGCUGGUACAACUACACGCGGCACAGCUACUUCCGCUGGUACACGAGGCACAGCAGCUUCCGAACAAGGCGCAGCUGCCAAUAUUAACCAGACUGGGAUUUCUGAUCUUCGCGAAGAGAAUCCUCCUUCCCCAAGUACUAGCGCAACCGCAGUCGCAAGUGGCAGCUCUGAACACGACGACGACUCCACCGAACCAGCCGAACUCAGAAAGCUACGUGACGCUUUACCGGAAGAUUUUCUGGAGCGCGGGACGUUAUCCUGCGUUUGCCAGGACCAGACGAGCCUGGAAGGAAAGUCGUUCACCAUCGCACUGAUUCUCUACAUGGUGGCGACGCUGCUGAAUCAGUACCCGCUUCACUCUAUCAACUGUAAAAAUGUCUGGGUCUGGAAGAAUGCAUGUUUGUCAUGCUUGUCUGGCAUGACUCUUAAAAUCUGUCAUGCGUGUUACCCAAGAGCCCCAUUGUUCUCUGAUGCAGAAACGCAGUUUGUCAUGCAGAAUUGGCAACACCUAGAAGCUCAGAAACUUGUCAUGCUGAGCCAGCACGUGUGGCCUCAUCAUGAGACGCCGCCCAGCAUCACAAGUUUCCAGACCCAGACACUUUUACAUUUGAUACGUUCCUACCGCUCGUGGUGCCGUUGGAAGAAGCUGAGCCUAUUGCAAGGAAAAAUCCCCCCUCCCAAUAUUGAAAGCAUGGCCUUCCGAAAGUUUGCGAUGCAGAUUUGUGACCACGAAUCGUGUCUGUCUUGCCAGAAAGCAAAUCGAGAGAGUCCGCGGCGAUAUGCAGGCGGUUUGCAAUGCUGCAAGGCCUACAGGGCAGACGUCUGCCAUGCUAGGCCCCUAGUACACCAAAAGGCCCCCCCUUGGGUUUGCGAUCUGCGUGCAGUGCUUUCCUGCAGGACAAAUGUGGUCUGUGUAUACAAAUCCCGCAACAUCACAGAUUUCCGCUUUGAAAUGGGGAGGGGGGAAUUUUCAUUUUGAUAGAGCGAGAUCGGCGACCACGGCGACCCGGGCUUGCCUCGCUUGGCCGUGUUGGGCGAGAUUGUCCUUCGGUGCUGUUGGCUGAUUGUCCCCAGUUUCUGUUUCGUUGUGACCGCCGUGAUUCCGUCGAAGUCCGAGACCGGGCGAAACCAAAACCUGUACGUUCUGAUCCACAAUUUCGCCGCAAACGCGGGGUGUCUCACCUUGCUCAUCUUUGAAACAAUCCAGCUUCUCUGGGGCGAAAACGUGCCGAUAGGGUACUUAGGAGCGGUUUUUGACAAACCGUAUCCGUUGGACCAUGGAAUGUUGACCAAGACGAGGACAGCUUCAACCUCACGUCGCAACUACAGCGUCGACUUGUUUGAUAACAAAGAUCAUCCCCGCGGGGGUCUAUCGGCUGUCCGAUUCGGAAACAAUCUUGAACACGACCAAGGGUUGAAGAUAUACAACAGCCUCCGUACAACUAGCGCCCAACACGAUGUCUACGACGUUCCCCACGAGGAGAUUUUCCGGGACCCGUACCUCUGGCACAUUGGGUGCCUCGACUACGAGACCUCGCCCCGACCCUGGGAGACGGUGACAUGGCUCCGGUUGGUCGUGAUUGCAUGGACGUGGCUUAUGGGAUCCUGCCUCUUCUUCCAGCAAUUCUUGAUCUACGCAAAUUACGAAUUGAAAAUCACUUGGAUCCAGAACUCCCGCGCUUUCCGCACCUUAAAAGACCGGAUCCGCACCGCGCGCUCUUCCUUUGUCUUCGAGAUGUUGGUUUGCUACGCGAUUUUUUUCCUCCCAAUCCUGGCCGGCUACCACAACGCCGCUUACGGGACCUUUUACGGCACGCAUAAAGGGUUCGACCGAAAUCCGCAGGACUUCGCAAUGCAAACCAUGACCAGGGAGGCGGUGCUGAGGUAUGGUGAUGUGGAAACUCUUGAGCGAAAUACUAACGGUCGUGUAGUUGUUGACGGAGGUGGUCGUGAUGUACUAUUUUCAACGAGAAGAAGAAGUGCCGGUGGAAGUACAACGCCCCCUACGGCCCCUACUCAUCCUGUCGUGCAGCAACAAGAACCGGGCGAGGACACGACCACGUCGUUUCUUCACAAAAACGGAGCAGACGGCGCGGCCUCAUCGAGUAGUAGCACAACAGGUGCUGGGUUGCUGCAUGUCGAUCCGCAUCAGCGUCAUCAGCCCGAAGAUGUUGUUGAGCCAACAGCCCCUCUUCCGCACAAACCUCUUCUUUCCAUCUGGGACAUGGUCCCGUACCCGGCUGUGGGGACUGUUCUGUUGAACACAGCGCGGCAGGACAGUCAAACCCGCGCUCACUAUAUGAGCUGCAAAAGUAUGAGUAUCGUACUCGUAUAAAUGCAUGACAAGUUCCCUCAGCAUGAAAAAUUAAAUUUGUAAUGCGGAUUUACCUUGAGAAAAAAAUUUGUAAAUGCAUGAGUGCCAUUACUACGAGUACGAUACUUUUGCACAGGAUACACUACGUCAACCAACUGAACCCGGACACGAGGGAGGCCAUGCUCUUGUAUCAAAGUGAAAAAAGUUCCCACCCCAAAUCGGAAACGGAAGAUGCGCGAAUUUGUGAUUUUGAAGACUGAAUAGAAGGCCAAGAGACGAAGCUGCGGCCUAAAUUGCAGGUAAUCUGUCAUGCUGUUUCCCACUUCCAGUUGCCUCCUGUCAUCCUGGAGCUGCAAGGCUUUCCCACGCUAGACAGCACUACAGUCCGCAUCUUUUGCCUUCUAACAUCACAAAGCUGAUUUGUGACCACAAAUCUGCAUCACAGAUUUCCGCUUUGAUAUGGGGAGGGGGGAUUUUUCAUUGCAAUAUCUUGUCCUUCCAACUGUCGAAGCGGUGGGAGCUGGCCAAGUAUUGCAUCAACUACCAUAGGCAGAUAAAGGAGGGACAAAAUAUUUUGUCGAAGGAAGAGAAGGAGAGGGACAAACACAUGUGCGCUCUCUUCAGCACGGAGGAGGAAGCCAACGCGGUGCUGAGCUUUUUCCUCAGCUUUCGCGCAGCGCACGUUGACGAUUUGGUGAGAUUGUAUGGUGAGGAGCAGAUGAACAGUGCCGCUGCUGCCGGGCACGGGCAGCUGCAGGGCAACCAAAUAGAUGAAGGUGCAUUAGGUGUGUAAAAAAAACGCGGUUACUUUUUCCAGGGUGAUCGGCUGCAUUAUUUUUCGAGCGCUCGAAAGAGUGCAAUUCCGACGGCUGGUUUUGAACUGUACAGCGACUGAGACUUUGACUUCAACUUCUCAAUUAAAACUACGAUAAAACGAAAAUAACUUUAUUACCGAAACACAGCAGCACUCUCUUUUUGAUGAGAGCAAGGAUUUUGC